AUGAAUGAAAAGGAUUACAAACCUUUACCUGGAGCAUGUGUUAAAAAUUUGUGUGACAAGUUAUUUGAAAAGCGAAAAACUGGGGCAAUGGAGGUGGAACAACUUGUAAAAACUUUAGUUUCUAAAAACAGACACAUGGAAGUGGAAAAGAUUAUUCACUUUUUUGGGCGGGAAUUCAUCUUAUCAUCUAAUGCCAAUGUGCGAAAAGGUGGUCUUAUUGGUCUAGCAUCUGUUGCCAUAGGGCUUGGACAUGCUUCUAGGAAUUAUUCCGACGACCUUAUUCUGCCACUUUUGCAAGUUCUUCGUGAUGGUGAUGCGAGGGUCCGAUAUUUUGCUUGUGAAUCUUUGUACAAUAUAAUGAAAGUUCUUCAAGUACACUCUUUGAAGUAUUUAAAUGAUGUGUUUGAAGCACUGAGCACUAUUUCAACUCUCAAUUCUAUGCCAACUCUUAACGUAGUCAUAUAUCUUCCGCAGUUGCUAGACGGCCUUUUUCGUAUCCUUGGUGAUUCAAAUUCCGAAAUCAGGAGAAAAUGUGAUCUUCUUCUCUGCGACUUUUUGUCUAACAUCGGUGAGAAUCCUGCGUCCGUUGACCUCAACUCAUUGAUGAACAUUCUGAUUGCCAAUUGUCGAAUGGCUACCGUGUCGCUCUCAAAUAUGAGUUUGGAAGACAAGGCACUAGACAGUUUGAUGGUUCUCUCGGGCGCAAAAUCAACCACGGUGCAGUCGCCUGAGCGCCUCCAACAGGUAACCGCCCUUCAAUGGAUCCAUCGCUUCAUUGAAGUCUCGGCGGGGAACGGACUCAAACUCUUGCGUCUGGUGGCUCCCAUCCUCUCCGCUAUUCUACCCUGCCUGGAGGAUUUUGACGACCUGGCUGCCGACAUUAACGAAAAGUUGAUGAAAUUCGUGCAUGACUCGCAGCAGCCGGAUUCUCAGCCACCACCGGCAAACAGCUCAGAAGCCAGGAAGUCCGCUGGCCUCGACUGUUUUAACAUCCUGAAGGUCAUCUACAAGAUGUUCGACCACUCCUCAGUCCUGACGCGUCUAGCGGCGUUGCGCUGGGUGGAGGUGCUUGUCGUUGUCCAGCCGGAGGCAGUCCUUGCCAACUCCGGCGAACUCAUGCCGCUGCUGCUCAAACUCUUCUCCGAUCCCGCCGUUGAGGUUGUGCACUCUGCCGUGGCGCUGGUGGGCUGCCUUUGCAAGCACCCCGUGGCUCGCGACCUGUCCGACGCGUCGUCGAGCGACCUUCAGAGGGUCCUCGCCAAGCUGGUGACAGUCAGCCCGGGGAUGGGCGACGAUCACCAGGGGGAACGAGCGAGCAUUCUCUGUCUGCGCUUCCUCCUCGACGUGGUAAACCGGUUCAUCUCGGACACGGACAUGCUCGUGGAGAAAGGCAACCUGAUUAUCACGUAA